AUGUCUUUCGAAAAUAAUAAUACAUUCACAGAGGCAAACAAUGCCUUUAAUGGCACUUUCAAUGAAACCUUCAAUAAUGAUAAUUAUUCAAAUACUAACGGCACAGCCUUUGAUGAUACUAAAUUAGAAGACUCAAUCAUGGCAGUCUCAGUCUAUACUCCAUUAAUCUAUGUUGGUAUUUUAUUAAUAUCUUUAAUGGUCUUUGGGUCACAAUACAGAAAGAAUCAAGUGAAAAAAUUGGCAAAAUUAAAAUCAAUCUUUGAUGAACAAGAAGCAAAAGAUUUAUAUUUUGAACUAAAGACAUUGAACGAAUCAGGCGAGACUAAAAUCCAUGACAAAGUCCUGAAAGCUGCCCUUUUGAAUAGAGGUAGUGAAGCUAUUAGGCGUUCUCUUAAAUUAAAAGAAUUAGCUCCACAAGUCGAAAUCAAUUAUAAGACAGGAUCUGUUGGUGAAGAUUACUGGCAAAGAUAUCAAAAUGAAGUUAAAUUAAUCGAGUUAGAAUUCAAGGAAACUUUACAAGAAGCGGAAUUACUGCAGCCUGGUUGGUCCCAAAUGUUUGUUGUAGUUGCUAAAGAAAUUUGUUUUAAUCAAGCAUUAGCUAGACGUUAUCAAUCUAUUUUAAAAAGAAAAGAAGUUGCUAUAGAAAAAUGGGAUUUAAAGUUAGAUAAUGAUGGUAAAUUGAUUGAGAAUUAG